AUGACAAGUUGGCUCGAAGACUACUGCUUUGUCUGCGACAAGGUCUGCCCCUCGGGAUCAAUCUACUGUUCAGAGUCCUGCAAGCACUUCGACUUUGAACGCGCAAAGUCGCAGUCGCCCCCGAUCUCCCCUCCCCUCCUCCCCGUGCAGUCGUCUGUGAACGAGUCCGGCCGCCGGUCGUCCGCCAUCCAGGUCCAGCUCGAGCUCUCGCCGCCAUCAAACUACCUCGUGCCCUUUUACGAGUCGACCUCAGAUCGGUACUAUGGCCGCCAGCAGUCUAGAUCAUCCACCCGGAGCAGUAGUUCCGACGGCGAACGCGGUCGCCGCGCCAGUGCCCAACACGAUCUCUUCCGAGGCCGCCAGCCUCUGUUUAGCUAG